AUGUCCCAAGACGCCGCCGAUGCGUUCUUCUCGCUGUCGCAGGCGCAGUAUGCGGCCGGCGACUUCCGCCACAAAGUCAUCGAGUCGGUGACGACGGCCGAGUUCCGCCUCGAGAACCGCAUUGAUAACGUGGCGGGUGUCAAGCUGCCCGUCUUCACGGACGUCGAGACGGCGCGCGAGAAGAGCGAAAACAUUGGUCUCUCUGGCGGUGGCGGCAAGAUCCAGAACUGCCGCGACAAGUUCCGCCACCUCCUCAAGGCGCUCGUGAAGCUCGCGUCGCUUCAGACGUCGUUUGUCACGCUGGACGAAGCGCUCAAGGUCACGAACCGCCGUGUGAACGCGCUCGACAACGUGACGCUUCCGCGCAUCGACAAGGUCAUCGACUACAUCUCGCGCGAGCUCGACGAGUUGGAGCGUGAAGACUUUGUGCGCAUCAAGAAGGUCCAGGCCAACAAGAUCCAGGCCGCGAAAGAGUUGCAGCUCGAGAACGAGGCGCAGGCUGCGGCCGAGGUCGCGACGGGCGUCCCCGUCUUUACGCCGUCGGACCUCGAUAUCCUCGCUGCGUUCGAGCCGGCGGCGGACGCGGAUGUUGUGUUUUAA